AUGUCGUUACGGCAUACUGACCGAACACUGACAGGACUUUCUUUGUUUUGUUUUUUGAAGGGUCAUCCUAAUUCAAGAUCUUUUCGGAUAAAGUCGAUUCCUUUUUACAAAGAUCUGUGUUUGAUUUACUCCUCCGAUGGAAUGUCUGAGCAGAAAGCUCCGGAGAGUAUUACUGAGGGAGAGACCAACACUUGUAAUGAGGAAGAUGAAGAAGGCCACAACAGAAUAUGUGAACCAAUCAAAGGAAGCAGCAUCUCACGGAUCGAUUGCCUUUCCUUGCCCAUGUUGCAAGAUGGUAUUAAUCCUUUGAGCAUCUCAACUUGUGAACACUAUGAAUCGACAUAA